AUGGCUGAGCUCGCAUCGGGCGCCGUAACCUCGCUGCUGGGCGUGAUCCGGAACGAGUUUCAGCUGCUAGGGCGCGUCCGGGGCGACGUGCAGUUCAUCAAGGAGGAGAUGGAGAGCAUGAACAGCUUCCUGGCACACUUGGCCAGGACGGAACCUCCCGACGGCGAGCACGACGAGCAAGUCCGGACGUGGAUGAGCCAGGUCCGCCUCCUCGCCCAGGACUGCAACAACCGCAUCGACCUCUACCUGUACCGCGGCAACCCGGAGAUCCACCGCGCCAGGGGCGGCCUCAGGCGCUACGUCUGGUGGCUUCCCUGGUUCGUGCGCAAGAUGGCCGCGCAGCACCGGGCGGCGGUCCAGCUGCGUGAGCUCAGGGACAGGGCUCGCGACGUCGGCGAGCGGAGGCUGAGGUACGGAGUGAAGGUCCCAGCAACGGCGGCACCGGCGGACCACCACCACCAGUCACCUCCUGCGACGCCAUCGCCGUCAUCAUCGGCGCAGGUGGUUGCACUUGCACCUGCUUCAGCGUCACGUGGCCAUGCCAGAGACGACGAUGAAGACGACGGCGAUGGUCACCAUCACCAGCUGGUAAUGGCAGCCACGACUGAUCAUCCUCGUCGCCGGAGAUCAGGCUGCUUCCUGCUGGAGCCUCCCACUCUGGAUGACUACUUCCAGAGGAAGCUUCGGGAGUGGAUACACAAGGUUGCUAAACAAGAGAUCAUGCUGCCGGCGUCCUUGGCCAUUGUGGCGGCACCGGAUUCACACAAGGACGCCUUCACUCUUGCACACGAAACUUUGGUUGUGCCAGGGACAUAUUACCAUCGAAGUAUCUUUGUGGACAUCCCGGCAGUGCACCAAAAGUUUGCACCGCUACGGCCCAAGGAGAUUCUUUACUACAUCCUUCGGGAGCUCCAGCAUGCCAAGCCCCAAUCCCAGACCCAGCAGCUGCAAGGCACAGGCUGUCCAGGCAAUGAGGAGGAGGAGGAGGAGCGGCAUUUGGACUGGCUAGAUGCUGGCUACACAAGACUGGAAAUAAAGGACGGAAAAAAGAGGCUGCUUGGUGAAAUCAAGACCAGUAUUGCAAGAAUGAAGGUUUACCAGAAGCUAGAAAAGAUCGAGAAAGGUAUCCGAGAGGGGCAACCGAUGAAGAAGGGCGUGGACCAGCUGGAGGACCUGAAAAAGUUAGAGCUAGAGUUACUCCUCCCGCUGCUCCUCCAGUCAGCUGCAGCUGCUGCUGUGGCUCAACAAGGCCAUGUAAGGAACAAAGUCAUGAAUAAAUUAGCAGCGUCGUAUGACAACAUUAUCAAAGAAACAGCUAACAAGCUUAAAAGGAUAAUGGAAGUAGAAGAAGGAGCAGCGGCUCAACAAGGCCAUCUUAAAAGGAUAAUGGAAGUAGAAGAAGGAGCAGCAAAAGCGCAACAGCAGACAGAACCCAUUUGUCUCGAAGAUUCCCAAUAUGAGCGCAUUCUGCUAGAUGUGUUUCCAGCGACCAGCAAUAGCAAGCCUCUGCAGACCAAAGAAGCCACAAAGACUACAGCAAAAACACUGGGGGAGCAUCAAAUCAAGCAGAUGAUCCAUGAGGCUAAACAAGAAAUCUUACAAGAGCUUCAGGAAGGCAAAUCUGACAAGAAUCAAGCAACAAGUGAACGGAGUAAUCUGGGUCAAAUUCCAGAAUAUGAGGUUGAAGAAAUCAUGCACAAGAUCGAAAGCAUCAACGUGGAGCUUAAAAAGCAGAUGCAGAUACAAGGCAUCGUGAACAGGAUUAAAGAUCACUUGAAGGACAAAACACCCCUAAUUAUCCUCAAAAUUGAUGAUCACGAGAUGGAUGGAUCCAAAUGGAAGGAGACCAGAAAUGCUUUGAACCUCUUACAAUGUGAUGCUGAUGCAUUGAUCAUCACCAACACAAAGAACACCCAGCAAGCUAAAGAAUAUUGCUAUCCACAGCAGGAACCCAUAUACUAUACUCUUGCUGGCCUCUAUCAGGAUACAGUGCUCAAGCUUACAAGCCAGCAGAAAGAUGGAGACUAUUGCAAGAAAAGCCAGGUUUCACCAAAAUCAUUGGAACGUGUUGCUAAGAAGAUGUUCAAGUUCUCAUACAACGACAUGCCUAAAGAACACAGGUCCUGCUUAUUGUAUCUUGCUAUCUUCCCUCAAGGUCACAAAAUCAGGCGGUCAACCUUGAUAGGACGGUGGGUCGUGGAGGGGUUGAUAACUAAGGAAGAUUGGCCCACUUCAGUCCAUCAAGCUGAGCGAUGUUUUGACAUGCUCAUUGACCGGUGGCUUCUUUACCCCGGUGAUAUUAGUGCUUCAGGCAAGGUCAAGAGCUGCAUGGUAGGUGAUCUAGUUCACGGAUUCAUUACCAAGAUUGCCAGGAAACAACACAUUGUGGAGACACGCUUGUCACAUCACUUGGCUCGUCACUUCUCCAUUUUCAAUGAUAUUGAACUCCGAGGUUCUGAUAAAAUCGAGACUUUCUUGCAAAGUAUCUCUAAAUCAUCUAAAUGGUCCAUGCUCAAGAAAAUCAACGACCUCCACGAAUUGGAGGUAUUGGAUAUUCGACAGACGAUGGUGCCUGCAUUUGAAACAAAAAAUCUCAUGCUCCUUAAGCUGAAGCGUUUACUAGCUGCUAACAAUGGUUCUGGUGUACGGAUUCCUCACAAGAUCGGAAAAAUGGUAAAUGUGGAAGUAUUGUCUAAUGUCAAGGCUUCACUGAUUGGCACUGGCAGAGACUUGGUUGACAUUGGAAAGCCAUGGAAGCUGCAGAAGCUCGGUAUUGUUGUUGAAGACAAGAACCGUCACCUAAGGAAUUUGCUUCGAGCAAUCAGUGACCUGCAUGAGAGCCUCCUGUCUUUAUCAAUCACUUUUCACACAACCGGAUAUGAGGGCACUCCUUCCAGUGAAGAGUUACCAGCCUCUCUCCUGAGAUACCCUCCUAAGCUUCUCGAGAGCCUAAGUGUCAGUGGAACCACACAAAAGGGGCGGCUGCUUCCAUUGUUGGCCAAAGAUCAUCAUCAUCAACUUGCCAAGGUUACUCUAAGUAGCACCUCGCUGAACCAGGAAGAUCUUAAGGUCCUUGCUAAACUGACGGUGUUACUCUGUCUCAAGCUUGAAAAGAUUGAUUGCACUGAGAGCGUGCUCACCUUCAAGAAGAAUGAAUUCCAAAAGCUCAAUUACUUUCUUCUUCAGGGCUCCAGCCUGACAGAAAUCAUGUUCGAGGAAGGAGCAACUACUGAGCUCAAGAAGAUCAUUUUGUCUUCGACCAACAUAGAGCGUGUUUCUGGUGUUGAAGGCCUUCCAAAACUGGAGGAGCUUGAGUUCAGCAAUAAUACAAGCAGCAGUUUGCUUUCAUCAAUUGACAAUGCUGAACAAAUAACCAAGCUGACUCUUCGUGGUACAUUGCUGGAGCAAGCCAAUCUACGUAUCCUCGCCAAGAAACCAAAUGUGCGCAGCCUAGAGCUCUUGGACACACGUUGUGGAAGUCAGCUUACUUUCAACGAAAAUGAGUUCCAGAAGCUCAACACUCUUAUUGUCAACUGCUCUGAUAUCACAGAGAUCAACUUCACUACAAGAUCAGCUCUUUCUCUCCAGAAGAUUGUGUGGACCUUCACCAACAUGCAGUCUCUCUCUGGCAUUAACAACCUUCCAAAACUGAAGGAGCUUGAAUUCAACGGGGGCCCUGUCCGUUUUGAGGUGGAAGAAGCCAUUAACAAACUUAAGGAAAGACCUGGUUUUGACUUUAAACACAACAAACCAAAAAAUCAGGAACAAGAGAAAGGAGAUGCAAUAGCAGAAGAUGAAGAUGAUGAUGCAAGGUUCCCGUUCUGCUGGAAGAAAAAGGUCUGA